AUUUGAAAAAUUUAAGGGACAGAGGGAGUGUAUUUUCUUGUUUCCGUUUUAGGGCAACAUUUUUAUUUCUUUCCUUUUAUCUUCUUCUUCUUCUCUUCUAAUUACCUGAAAAAACCCACACACAGAAGAGAUUGAAAUUAAAAUUAGUAAAUGAAGUGCCUAAAUUUCUUCAUACUCAACGAAGAAACUUGAAAUAAUUCACAAGAAAAUCACUCCCUUUUUCUGAUUUUAAAGGGGUGAAUUUAAAGAGGGGUUUUCUGGGAUUUGAUCUAUUCUUUGUUUUAUUUGAUAAAUUAGCAAAGAUGAUGACUGAUGAAAAUCAAACUACUGUCAGUUUACAAGGUGCCAGAAAAUUUGGGCAUGAGCAAAAAAGAACAAGAAGAGCUUUGGGUUCGAUUAACCCGAAUUUGGUUGGAUCUAACCCAUAUCCAUGUAUUGUCAACAAAAGACCCAAUUCCCAAAAAUGUAUGUUGAAAGAUGAGAACAUCCCUAAUCCUGUACAAAGACCAAUUACAAGGAGAUUUGCUGCUCAGAUUGCCCCUUCUUUAAACCAACAAUCUUGUUCAAAGGAAUCCAAUAAAUCAGACAUUUCAAUUCCAAAUUCAACUGAAGUUGAAGAUGUUAAAAUCAUAGAUGUGGAAUGUAAGGCGGCGACAGAUUUGCCUGUGCCAAUGUCUUUGGAAAAACCUGAAGUAGCACCAAUUCAAAGCAAUGAAAUGGAGGAUCUUGAGAUGGAAGACAUUAUUGAAGACCCAAUCUUGGACAUUGAUGUCCCUGAUGCUAAAAACCCACUUGCUGUGGUGGAAUAUAUUGAUGAUAUUUACUCUUAUUAUAGGAAAAUGGAGGCUGGCAGCUGUGUCUCUCCAGAUUACAUAUCACAGCAAUUUGACAUUAAUGAGAGGAUGAGGGCCAUACUUAUUGACUGGCUUGUUGAGGUACAUUACAAAUUUGAACUGAGGGAUGAGACUCUAUUUCUCACUGUAAGUCUCAUAGACAGAUUCCUAGCUAGGUAUACUAUGGUGAGAAAGAAGCUUCAAUUGGUGGGUUUAGUUGCAUUGCUCUUGGCUUGUAAGUAUGAAGAAGUUUCUGUCCCAGUUGUGGAGGACUUGAUUCUCAUUUCUGAUAAGGCUUAUACUAGGGAAGAUCUUCUUGAAAUGGAGAGAAUAAUGCUAAACACAUUGCAAUUCAACAUGUCUUUGCCAACCCCUUAUGUUUUCUUAAGAAGAUUUAUGAAAGCUGCAGAAUCUGACAAGAAGCUUGAGCUGCUGUGCUCUUAUUUAAUCGAGCUUUCGCUUGUGGAGUAUGAAACAAUCAGAUUCCCACCUUCAGUGUUAGCAGCAGCUGCAAUUUACACAGCACAAUGUAGUCUUUAUGGCUUUAAACGAUGGAGCAAGACUUGUGAAUUCUACACAAACUACUCAGAAGGACAACUCUUGGAAUGCUCAAAGCUUAUUGUCACCUUCCACCAGAAGGCAGGAAUAGGGAAGCUGACUGGGGUGUAUAAGAAGUACUCAACUUCAAGAUUUGGUUACGCAGCAAAAUUUAACCCAGCAACCUUUCUUCUCAACAGUUGAGUCCUAAGGACAAAGGAUAAUGUAUAGUUUACUAACUAUACAAGAGAUUUGGUAAUUACAGUGACAAUGGAACAACUAUUAAGUUUUUCUUUUAUUUUUUGGUGGUUUGAUAUGGCUAAUGAUCUUGAUUGGCUUUUAGAAAUUGAUUUUGACAUAAUCACCCACCUUGGUCAGUUGAUUAUGUUUCACGAACACAUCCACUUGUAUUUCAUAUCAUUUUAUUAUAAUAAAUAUAACCUCAAUUGCGUA